UAGAUCGCACCGCCAUGCAGGCAUGGAGCCCUGCCCAGAACCACCCUAUUUACCUGGCCACAGGUUCGUUUCCAGCUUUGUCUCUGAAUAGCUCUCCAUCCCUUGAAGGAUGCCUCCAUUUACCCGUCACUUAGUUGGAUGAGCUUCUUCUGUGUUUCCAUAGACCCUUGUACAUCAGAACAUUGACCACAACGGAACAUCUGCUCAACAGUUGGAUGCCACAUUUAGUACCAGUGCUUCCCUUGAGGUGUUUGAAUUAGACCUUUCCGAUCCAUCCUUGGAUAUGAAAUCUUGUGCUACUUUCUCUUCUUCUCAAAGGUACCACAAAUUGAUUUGGGGGCCUCAUAAGACAGAUGCCAAAGGAGAUCUCUCUGGAGUUCUGAUUGCAGGUGGUGAAAAUGGAAACAUUAUUCUUUAUGAUCCUUCUAAAAUUAUAGCUGGAGACAAGGAAGUUGUAAUUGCCCAGAACGACAAGCAUACUGGCCCAGUUAGAGCCUUGGAUGUGAACAUUUUCCAGACUAAUCUUGUAGCCUCUGGUGCUAAUGAAUCUGAAAUCUACAUUUGGGAUCUAAACAAUUUUGCAACUCCAAUGACACCAGGAGCCAAAACACAGCCCCCGGAAGAUAUCAGCUGCAUUGCGUGGAACAGACAAGUUCAGCAUAUUUUAGCAUCAGCCAGUCCCAGUGGACGGGCCACUGUAUGGGAUCUUAGAAAAAAUGAACCAAUCAUCAAAGUCAGUGAUCAUAGUAACAAAAUGCAUUGCUCUGGGCUGGCCUGGCAUCCUGAUGUUGCCACUCAAAUGGUUCUGUCCUCUGAAGAUGACAGGUUACCAGUGAUCCAGAUGUGGGAUCUUCGGUUUGCUACCUGUCCUCUCCGUGUCCUGGAAAACCAUGCCAGGGGGAUUUUGGCAAUUGCUUGGAGCAUGGCAGAUCCUGAAUUGUUACUGAGCUGUGGAAAAGAUGCAAAGAUUCUGUGUUCUAAUCCAAACACAGGAGAGGUGUUAUAUGAACUUCCCACCAACACACAGUGGUGCUUUGAUAUUCAGUGGUGUCCCCGAAAUCCUGCCGUCUUAUCAGCCGCUUCCUUUGAUGGACGGAUCAGUGUUUAUUCUGUCAUGGGAGGGAGCACAGAUGGCUUAAGGCAGAAACAGGUUGACAAGCUUUCAUCGUCAUUUGGCAAUCUGGAUCCCUUUGGCACAGGGCAGCCCCUCCCUCCGUUACAGAUUCCACAGCAGACUGGGCAGCAUAGCAUAGUGCUGCCCCUGAAGAAGCCCCCUAAGUGGAUCCGGAGACCCGUUGGUGCUUCCUUCUCAUUUGGGGGCAAGCUGGUUACCUUUGAGGGUGUUAAAACACAGCCUUCCCAAGGAGCUGAACAGCAGCAGCAGCACCACCAUGUGUUCAUCAGCCAGGUGGUGACAGAAAAGGAGUUCCUGAGUCGCUCAGACCAGUUGCAGCAGGUCGUACAGUCGCAAGGGUUCAUCAGUUACUGCCAGAAAAAGAUUGAUGCCUCUCAGACAGAAUUUGAGAAAAAUGUGUGGUCCUUUCUGAAGGUAAACUUUGAGGAUGAUUCUCGUGGAAAAUAUCUUGAGCUUCUAGGAUUCAGAAAAGAAGAUCUAGGAAAAAAGAUUGCUUUGGCCCUGAACAAAGUGGAUGGAUCCAACGUGGCCCUUAGAGACUCUGACCAAGUAGCACAGAGUGAUGGGGAGGAGAGCUCUGCUGCUGAAGAGCAGCUCUUGGGAGAGUGUAUUAAAGAAGAAAAGCAAGAAUCUGAAUUUCUGCCUUCAGCUGGAGGAACAUUUAACAUCUCUGUCAAUGGGGAUAUUGAUGGUUUAAUUACUCAGGCUUUGCUGACGGGUAAUUUUGAGAGUGCUGUUGACCUUUGUUUACAUGAUAACCGCAUGGCUGAUGCCAUUAUAUUGGCUAUAGCAGGAGGACAGGAACUCUUGGCUCGGACUCAGAAAAAAUACUUUGCAAAAUCCCAAAGCAAAAUUACUAGGCUCAUCACUGCAGUUGUAAUGAAGAACUGGAAAGACAUUGUUGAGUCUUGUGACCUUAAAAAUUGGAGAGAGGCUUUAGCUGCAGUGUUGACUUAUGCUAAACCAAAUGAAUUUCCAUCAUUGUGUGAUCUUCUGGGUGCCAGGCUUGAAAGUGAAGGAGAUGGCAUCCUGCAAACUCAGGCGUGUCUCUGCUAUAUUUGUGCAGGGAAUGUAGAGAAAUUAGUUGCAUGUUGGACUAAAGCUCAAGAUAGUAGCAGUCCUUUGUCCCUUCAGGAUCUAAUUGAGAAAGUCAUCAUUCUACGAAAAGCUGUACAACUCACCCAAACCAUGGACACUAAUACUGUUGGGGUUCUUUUGGCUGAGAAGAUGAGUCAGUAUGCCAAUUUGUUGGCGGCCCAAGGCAGUAUUGCUGCAGCCUUGGCUUUUCUUCCUGACAACACCAACCAGCCAAAUAUUGUGCAGCUUCGUGACCGACUUUGCAGAGCCCAAGGAGAACCUGUACCAGGACAACAGUCACCAAAAACUCCUUAUGAGAGGCAGCAGCUGGCCAAGGGCCGACCUGGACCAGUGGCUGGCCACCCACAGAUGCCAAGAGCUCCAAAUCAACAAUAUUAUACUCAUGUUAGAAUUGCCCCUACUGCCACUACCUGGAGUAACAAAACUCCUACUGCCCUUCCCAGCCAUCCACCUGCAGCCUCUCCCUCUGACACACAGAUAGAAAACCCUCCUCCACCUCCGGGCUUCAUAAUGCAUGGAAAUGUCAAUCCAAAUGCUGCUGCUCAGCUUCCUACAUCUCCGGGUCAUAUGCACAGUCAGGUACCACCUUACCCACAGCCACAGCCUUAUCAAGCAGCCCAGCAGUAUUCCUUUGGAACAGGAGGGCCGGCAAUGUACCGACCUCAGCAGCCUUCUGCUCCUCCUGCCUCGAGUGCUUACCCUAACACCCCUUACAUCUCUUCUGCUGCUUCCUACUCUGGGCAGGCUCCACUCUACUCAGCACAGCAUCUGGCCUCUUCUCCUACCUCCACCUCUGCUGCUGCUUUCCCUCCUCCCUCUUCUUUGGGGUCAUCCUUCCAGCAUGGCGGACCAGGAGCUCCCCCGUCAUCCUCCGCUUAUGCACUGCCUCCUGGAACAACAGAAAAUCUGUCUGUCCAAGACCAGACACCUAUGUUUGAAGGUUCUCAGAAUGGUUGGAAUGACCCCCCUGCUUUGAACAGAGUGCCCAAGAAGAAGAAGAUGCCUGAAAACUUCAUGCCUCCUGUUCCCAUCACGUCUCCAAUUAUGAACCCGCUGAGUGACCCCCAGUCACAGAUGCUACAGCAGCAACCUCCAGCUCCAGGGCCACUGUCAAACCAAGCUCCCUAUCCACAGCCACAUCCCCUGGGUGGCCAGCCUUUCCACGGCCUGCAGCAGCCACUUGGCCAGACCAGCGUGCCCACCUCUUUCCCAAAGCCCAACAUUGAGGGUGCCCCAGGGGCUCCGAUUGGAAAUACUAUCCAGCAUGUGCAGUCUUUGCCAACAGAAAAAAUUACCAAGAAACCUAUUCCAGAUGAGCAUCUCAUUCUGAAGACCACAUUUGAGGAUCUUAUCCAGCGCUGCCUCUCUUCAGCCACAGAUCCUCAAACCAAGAGAAAGCUAGAUGAUGCCAGCAAACGCUUGGAGUUUCUGUAUGAUAAACUUAGAGAACAGACACUUUCACCAACAAUCAUCAGUGGUUUACACAACAUUGCAAGAAGCAUCGAAACGCGAAACUACUCAGAAGGUUUGACCAUCCAUACCCACAUAGUUAGCACCAGCAACUUCAGUGAGACCUCUGCUUUCAUGCCCGUUCUCAAAGUUGUUCUCACCCAGGCCAAUAAGCUGGGUGUCUAAAAGGACAGCUGUAUCCCAGCUGAUGUUGCCGCUUUUCCAAAGAAGUAUGUUUAAAGAGAGAAUUGUAAUACAUGGACCAAUCCUCAUCAGCAUGUUUCCAUAGCAGCCAGUAAGAGCAUUUAUAUUCUUUCUGCCCACCCUAGAACUGCUCCAAACCCUGGUGCUUUCUUUUGUUUUAAUCUUUUCUUGCCCAUUAUGAUU